GGGCGCGCUUCCAACUUCCCAUGUCAGCGCAAGCUCUCUCUCGCUCUCUCUCGGCAGGAUUUAAACCCCAUCAUUCCCCCCGCUGCUGUCUCUCAAAAUUUCGCUCUUCAAUUGUUUUCGGAUAGUCUUUCUCGCAGAGUCGAGUCUGGUACCCCUCUUGCACAAUGGCAACAGGCCUCCACCCAUUCGACCCCAUCUCACCAGGGGAGAUCCAGCUGGUGGUGAAGAUCCUACAGUCUGCUUUCCCUGGAGUAUCAUUGCGCUACAAGCGGAUUGAUGUUCAGGAGCCUAUCAAGAAGGAUGUCGUCCCAUACAUUGAGGCAGAACGUCUGGGGAAGCCUCUUCCUCCCAAGCCUGCCCGUCUCUUGCAAGCCUACUUUCAACGGCUCGACACUGGUGUCUUUCUCAAGGCUGUUCUGAAUGCCGACACUCGGGGAGUGGUAUACGCCAAGGAGCUUCCCAAGGAUGCCCAGUUACCUAUCGAUGUGGACGAACUCGUGGAAAUCGAGCAACUUUGUCUAAGUCAUCCUGCGGUGCUGGCAGAAGUUGAGAAACUCAAGCUGCCCCCCGGCAUGACCAUCUGCAAUGACCCCUGGAUCUACGGCACGGAUGACCCGAAUGAGACUCGACGUCUAUUCCAGUGCUACGUCUAUAUUGUCUCCGUCGACCACCCCGAGCACAACCAUUACUCCUUGCCGUGCAAAUUCUCUCCUGUCUUCGACGCUGUGACUAAGGAGCUAGUCCGUAUGGACCAGCUCCCAAGCGGCAACGACCACACCUGUGCCCAGGAAACGCAGCCUUGGAAGCCCGUCAAGCCUGUCCAGUAUGCUCAUGAUCUUCUGGAUGAGCCUCUGCGGACGGAUCUAAAGCCAUACAUCGUUCAGCAGCCGGAGGGGCCGUCCUUCUCCCUGGACGGCAAUGUUGUGUCCUGGCAGAAGUGGCGACUCAGGGUUGGUUUCAAUAACCGUGAUGGUCUCGUUAUCUACAAUGUGACCUAUGAUGGCCGGAAUGUCUUCUACCGUCUUUCUUUCUCUGAAAUGACUGUCCCAUAUGGUGAUCCUCGUUCACCCUACCAUCGCAAGCAGGCCUUCGACGUUGGAGAUGCCGGGUUCGGCGUCACAGCCAACGAACUAUCCCUGGGUUGCGACUGUCUAGGCCACAUCAAAUAUUUUGACGGCUACAGGACGGACGCCAAGGGAAACCCAGUUCUACUGAAGAAUGUCAUCUGCCUGCACGAACAGGACAAUGGUCUUCAGCACAAACACACCAACUACCGCAACGGUGCCGCCACGGUCGUUCGCAACCGCCAGCUAGUGCUUCAGAUGAUUUGCACCGUUUCCAAUUACGAGUACAUCUUCGCAUUCAUCUUCGACCAAGCGGCCAACGUCGAACUCGAAGUCCGCGCAACCGGAAUCCUAUCCACUGUUCCAUUUGACAAUGAGAACGGUGAGACAGUGCCAUGGGGCACAAACGUCGGUCCAGGCGUCAUGGCACCGUUCCACCAACAUAUGUUCUCCCUGCGGGUCGAUCCCGCCAUCGAUGGAUUCAAGAACACUGUCUACUACGAAGACAGCGUGCCCCUCCCGGAGGACGAGAACAACCCAUACCGCGUGGGUUACGUCACAGAGCAAACCGUUCUGAAGAAAUCCGGCACCGCUAACACCGACGUCGCUCGCCACCGGGUAUUCAAGAUCCGCAACGAUAAUAUCAUCAACCCCGUCACGUACAAGCCGAUAGCGUACAAGCUCCAGGCUGCGCCUAGCCAGAUGCUGCUGGCAAGCACGAACUCCUUCGGCUAUAAGCGAGCCAAAUACGCUACCAAGCCGAUCUGGGUGACGAAGUACCAGGAUGGCGAGCUCUAUGCUGCUGGUGAAUUCACCAAUCAGAGCCAGAGCUCGCACGGUGUUGAGGAAUGGGUUGGCCGGAACGACGACAUUGAGAAUGAGGACAUUGUUCUCUGGCACACAUUCGGCCUCACCCAUAACCCCCGCGUUGAAGACUUCCCCGUCAUGCCUAUGGAACGGGUGAGCGUCAUGCUCAAGCCGGAUGGUUUCUUCACCAAGAACCCGGCUUUGGAUGUCCCGCCUUCCAAGCAGUCGUUUAACAAGUCCACGCUGCACUCUGAGCCAGCGGCAUGUUGCUCGGGGAAAAGCAAGGUCAAGCUUUGAUUGACUAGCUGUUCUAUUCGUUGGGUGGAUUUUUUCGUUUGUGUGUUUGCUCACUGCAUUGAUUGCAAUUAUCCUGGAUAUGAUGAAUGAUGGAUAUAGAAGCAGGUAUUGCGCCGUACAAUAUCUGUUUAGAGAUGGUUAUUAUGAAAUCAAACCUAUUACAAG